GCAAAUUCACCAUAACAAUGGCGGCUUUAGCUUCAUCGAUCAUCCUUUCAGCUCCAUCAUCACUGAAGAAAUCCACUCUAUCCUCUCUCUCAUGGAGACUUCCUCUCAACGUCUCUCUCCCGCGUCACCAACGCCGUCGCGCGUCUCCGGUUUUCGUCGUUGUCUCCAUGGAUGCCAAACCUACCAUCCUUGUGGCCGAGAAGCUUGGAGAAGCUGGAAUUGACCUUUUGAAAGGAUUUGCUAACGUCGAUUGCUCGUAUAACUUGAGUCCUGAGGAACUCUGUACUAAGAUCUCGCUUUGCGACGCCUUGAUUGUGAGGAGUGGGACUAAAGUGAGCCGUGAGGUGUUCGAAUCGUCCGCCGGUCGGCUAAAGGUUGUUGGACGAGCCGGCGUUGGUAUUGAUAACGUGGAUCUCGCCGCGGCGACGGAGCAUGGUUGUCUCGUGGUUAACGCACCGACGGCUAAUACCGUUGCGGCUGCUGAGCACGGGAUCGCUCUUCUUACUGCUAUGGCGAGGAAUGUUGCUCAGGCUGAUGCAUCGAUUAAAGCUGGGAAGUGGCAGAGAAACAAAUACGUGGGUGUGUCACUUGUUGGCAAGACUCUUGCUGUGAUGGGUUUUGGGAAGGUUGGGACAGAAGUUGCCAGGCGUGCCAAGGGGCUUGGUAUGCAUAUAAUUGCACAUGAUCCUUAUGCUCCAGCAGAUCGUGCUCAUGCAAUAGGAGUGGAUCUGGUGAGCUUUGAUGAAGCCAUUUCAACAGCCGACUUCAUCUCACUUCACAUGCCUCUCACUCCUUCUACGUCAAAAAUUUUGAAUGACGAAAACUUUGCAAAGAUGAAGAAAGGAGUGAGAAUAGUCAACGUUGCACGUGGAGGAGUUAUAGAUGAAGAUGCAUUAGUCAGAGCACUGGAUGCUGGCAUUGUAGCACAGGCUGCACUUGAUGUUUUCACUGUAGAACCACCGCCGCAGGAUAGCAAGUUGGUUCAUCAUGAGAAUGUCACCGUUACUCCUCAUCUUGGUGCCAGUACCAUGGAAGCUCAGGAAGGAGUGGCAAUUGAAAUAGCUGAAGCUGUUGUUGGAGCCUUAAGGGGAGAGCUUGCUGCUACUGCAGUAAAUGCUCCUAUGGUUCCUGCAGAGGUACUUGUAGAACUGAAGCCUUACGUUACACUUGCUGAAAAGCUUGGGAGAUUGGCUGUGCAAUUGGUAGCCGGAGGAAGUGGUGUGAAAUUGGUAAAAGUGACAUAUGCUUCCGCCAGAGCUCCCGAUGAUUUGGAUACCAGACUACUACGAGCCAUGGUUACCAAAGGUCUGAUCGAGCCUAUCUCUAGCGUCUUUGUUAACUUGGUGAACGCAGACUUCACUGCCAAACAAAGAGGAAUCCGGAUAAGCGAAGAACGGGUCAUCUUGGAUGGGUCACCUGAGAAGCCGCUCGAGAUCAUUCAAGUCCAGAUCGCUAACGUGGAGUCGAAAUUUGCGAGCGCGAUUUCGGAGUCGGGAGAAAUCAAAGUGGAAGGGAGGGUGAAAGAUGGGGUUCCUCAUUUAACAAAAGUGGGAGCUUUUGAGGUGGAUGUGAGUUUGGAAGGAAACCUCAUACUUUGCAGGCAGGUGGAUCAGCCGGGUAUGAUCGGGAGCGUGGGAAGCAUACUGGGAGAGGAGAAUGUGAACGUGAGCUUCAUGAGCGUGGGGAGGAUCUCGCCCAGAAAGCAAGCGGUGAUGGCGAUUGGUGUGGAUGAGAAACCGAGCAAAGAAGGGUUGAGGAGGAUUGGUGAGAUUCCAGCAGUUGAGGAGUUUGUGUUCCUUGCUUUGUAAUAUGUUAAACUCAAAAUUUUGGCAAAAUCAUUGUUGCAAGAGGUCAAUUGUUCACAAUUUGUGCUUUUCAUAAUGUAGACCCUGCUUGCUUGCUUA